UCCCUCUGGGCUGAGGGGGCACCUGGCAGCUGGCUGGAAAACCAAACUCCAGGAUCCAGGACAGAGGAGUGGGCUAUGCCCCGGAGGAAAGAGAGAAGGCGGUGAUCUCUUCCGUCUUGGGCUGGCAGGGGUCAGCUCCUCUCCACCCACAUCUCCCCCACCCCAACACUGCUGGGUCUGUGGGUUUAGGAGGGGCCCGGCCCAGUGGGCAAGACUUCAUGGAUCGAGUCUGAGCCCGGGCAUCCUCCCAUGCUUCCCGCAGCCUCGCCUGCCCCCGCCGAGCCAUGCCCGCCGGCCUUCAGCUCUGCCUGGCGCUCCUGCUGCUGGCCCGGGCGCACGGCUCCCCCGGGGGCGACUACUCGUGGCUCGGCGGUGCCCGCCGUGUCCGCAGUUACCACCACUUGGAGGGCGAUGUACGCUGGCGGCGCCUCUACUCUUCCACCCAUUUCUUCCUGCACAUCGACCCCAGCGGCAAGGUGGAGGGUACCCGCUGGAAAGAGUGCCCCAACAGCAUCGUUGAGAUCCGUUCAGUCCGCGUGGGGGUCGUGGCCAUUAAAUCGGUACACACAGGCUUCUACUUGGCCAUGAACAGGAAAGGGAAACUGUACGGGACGAGAGAGUACAACCCCAACUGCAAGUUCAAAGAGCGGAUUGAGGAAAACGGCUACAACACCUACGCCUCCCUGCGCUGGCGGCAUGAGGGGAGACAGAUGUUCCUGGCCCUCAAUGGCAAGGGAGCACCCCGCCAGGGGGGCAAGACCCGCCGCCAGCACCUCUCCACCCACUUCCUGCCCAUCCUGGUCUCUUGAACCUGGCUCCCCAAAGCCCAGGCUGUAUUGGGCUUUUAAAGGUUCUCUCUCUUUCUCACUCCUUCUAACUCUCACUCGGUCACAUAGACACACUUACACAUCCA